AUGGCCGAAGACCUUACCCUGUUCUGUCUUAUUGAUGGGCAGUCUAUAUUCAACGCUUUCUCUGUCGAGAUUAACCCCAGAAAGACAAUCGAUGGCCUCAAGAAGUUCAUCAGGAACGAAAAGACUCCCCGCUUUGACGAUGUCGCUGCUGAUGAGCUCACCCUCUGGCGCGUCUCAAUCCCAGAUGCGGACGACGACGACGACGACGACGGAGAGAACUUGCCCAUUCUACCUGACAAUAUACCUAACAAAGACAGGAAGAAACUCAAGGCAACACGUGAACUCUCUGACGUCUUCAGAGAGGAACCAGCAAAGAGAACGAUUCAUAUCAUUGUCCAACGACCUCCUCCAGCCCAUGUGCUUGCCCCUGCUCGCAGCUUCACCGCUGGCUUGGAUGAAUCUCCCCCAGGCUCGACGAACAACCUCAGAGUUGACAUCAAGAAGAUUAAGGACAAGUUCUUCGCAACAGGAUCAACGCAUGCAAACUUUCUCGACGCUGAAUGCGGCAAAACUUGGUCAAUGAUUGAGAUGCUCUGCCUUCAAUGGGGAUUCUACUUCAACGCGGCAAAAUCGGACUUUGGAUCGGAAGACCUCUUCCGCCUAGCUGUUCUCAUUGACGACAACAUAUUGGACGACUAG